AUGGGCGGCGACGAAUCAGACAUUGCUUUCAAAGAGAGCAGCACCGAGCACGUAAACUCCGAUGUCAACUCCACCAGCGACGAGUCUCACAUCGAUCUGACGCACCGGUCCGAACGUCGCGGGCGCACCACCCUCCUCCAUCAGUUCCUCAGGCCGUUCCGCAGCCAUCUAGUCAAGCCCAGCGAUCCGCACCCCCCAGGCUCUCCACGCCUGACCCCGCACCCGUCAUGCACCAAAAUCUGCGCCGUCCAUGAGCGCAAGGUCGCCGACGUGUGGAUCUACGACCUGCAGCCAGAGGAGACUUUCCAGACGACACAUGAAAUCACGGCUUCGGUUGCGGCAUCGCACCUGACGACGGCGGGCGAGAUCGCGCGCGAGGCCAAAGAGGAAGACACGCUGGAGAAGAAUUCGUCGCGCAACACUGGCAUCGUGCGCCGGCUGUACUACAUCGCGGGGGGCAGCUGGCGCGAGCCGCCCAGCCACCAGCACUGGAAGUUCAUGGCCAAGCUGGCUGCCGCCACGCCCGGCACCGCCGUCAGCGUUAUCAGCGUGCCGCUCGCUCCCAACGAAACAGCCAGCACCGUUUUUCCGCGCCUGUUAACCUUGUAUGAAAAGGUUAUGGAGGAGUCGAUUAAGAGGGGAGAGCGCGCUCUUUGGGGCGGGGAUAGCAGUGGAGGAAACAUUGUGCUGGGGCUCAUUGGAGAGGCACUGCGCGUGGGCAGGUCGGGACCUCCCGCGAAUGAACCUGUUCAUGUUGAGCACGAUGGCGCUGCGGGGCAGAGUGACGUUAAUGGAGAGACUGAGCUGAAGCCGGCGUCGAGACCUGAACUCGAGCGCGGGACGACAUCGGCUGAGGUUCAGGAGUUCGCGGUUGACGAGUCCCUGCCGGUCGAGCAAAGGGUUGGCAUCAAGCCACUGCCGGCGCCGUCGGCUCUUCUGAUCAUAUGCCCCAGCGUGGACGCUCGUCGCGUGAAUGGUGACAUCGAGGCACUCCAGGAUAAGGACCCGAUAUUGAUCGCCGAGCAGAGUAAGCAGCAGGCGGAAGAUUGGGCAGGCGAUUGGUCACUUGAUGACGAGCGAAUCAGCCCGGCUAUCAAUCAUGACGCCGAAGAUAAUCUGGUGCGGCUGCUUUCGGAGAAGAAGGUCAAGGUGCACGGAGUGACGGCAGGUUACGACAUUCUCAGCCCUGACGCAAUAUUAUUGAGGGAAAGGUUGGAGAAAGGAGGUGUCUGGGGUAAAUGGUUGCAUUGGGACAAGCAGAUGCAUUGCUUUCCGCUGGCCUGGUUCUACGGAAUACCGGAAAGUAAGGAAGGAUUACAUUGGAUCAUAGACGUCCUGAAAGAUGAGUAG